AGGAAAAUACAGCACUCAAUGCUUUUGCAGAAGUUUAUUGAUGUUAUGAAUGAAUACAAUCGCAUUCAACUCGAGUAUCGGGAGAAAUGCAAAGAUCGCAUCACUCGACAGCUUUUAAUCACUGGUCGUCAGACAAAUAACGAAGAAGUAGAGGAAAUGCUAGAGAGCGGCAAUCCUACCAUUUUUACACAAGGAAUAAUAACAGACACACAACAGGCCAAACAAUCACUGGCCGACAUCCAGGCCCGACACGCGGACAUUAUUAAACUCGAGAAUAGUAUCCGGGAAAUGCACGAUAUGUUCAUUGAUAUGACAAUCCUUAUUGAGAAUCAGGGAGAGACAAUCAACCGAAUU